UCCGCCCUGCCAGGGGCCGGGAGCACCGGAACGGGGCUGCACCCGUGCGCCCGCAGCGAGCCGAAAGCCAUGGCGCAGCGAGCCGCAGCCCCCCAAACCUCAUCCCCGGGGGCUCCCUCCCUGCUUCGUCCCAUCCCGGCACGUCCCAGGGUGGCGUUAGCAGGGCUCGGAGCUGCCGUGGUGCUGCUGUGCGUGGUGCUGGGCCCCGAGCCCAGCGAGGCUCAGCCCUUCCCUUUCCGAGACCCAACGCUGCCCUGGCACCGCCGCCUCGAGGAUCUGCUGGGCCGGCUGAGCCCCGCUGAGAUGGUGCUGCAGGUAGCCAGGGGGGGAGCUCUGGGGAACGGCCCCGCGCCCCCCAUCCCGCGCCUGGGCAUCGCGCCCUACAACUGGAACACCGAGUGCCUGCGGGGCGACGCGGAGGCGCCCGGGUGGGCCACGGCUUUCCCCCAAGCCCUGGGGCUGGCCGCUGCUUUCAGCCCCGAGCUCGUGUACCGGGUGGCCAACGCCACGGCCACCGAGGUGCGCGCCAAGCACAACCACUUCGCUGCCACCGGCCGCUACGACGACCACACGGGGCUCAGCUGCUUCAGCCCCGUGCUCAACAUCAUGAGGCACCCGCUGUGGGGCAGGAACCAGGAAACCUACGGGGAGGACCCGUUCCUGAGCGGGGAGCUGGCGGUGAGCUUCGUGCAGGGGCUGCAGGGUCGGCACCCGCGCUACAUCAAGGCCAGCGCCGGCUGCAAGCACUUCAGCGUGCACGGGGGCCCCGAGAACAUCCCUGUCUCCAGGCUCAGCUUCGAUGCCAAGGUGCUGGAGCGGGACUGGCGCACCACCUUCCUGCCCCAGUUCCAGGCGUGCGUGCGCGCCGGGUCCUACAGCUUCAUGUGCAGCUACAACAGGAUCAACGGCGUUCCCGCCUGCGCCAACAAGAAGCUGCUGACGGACAUCCUGCGGGGCGAGUGGGGCUUCGAGGGCUACGUGGUGAGCGACGAGGGGGCCGUGGAGCUCAUCAUGCUGGGGCACCACUACACCCGCACCUUCCUGGAGACGGCCAUCGCGUCGGUGAACGCCGGCUGCAACCUGGAGCUGUCUUACGGGAUGAGGAACAACGUCUUCAUGCACAUCCCCCAGGCCCUGGCCGCGGGCAACAUCACGCUGGAGACGCUGCGCGCCAGGGUGCGGCCCCUCUUCUACACGCGGCUGCGGCUGGGGGAGUUUGACCCCCCAGCCAUGAACCCUUACAGCUCCCUGGACCUCAGCGUGGUGCAGAGCCCCGAGCACCGCAACCUUUCUCUGGAAGCUGCUGUCAAGAGCUUUGUGCUGCUGAAGAACCAGCGGGGCACCCUGCCCCUGCGCGCCCGCGACCUCCCCGGCAAGCGCCUGGCGGUGGUGGGCCCCUUCGCGGAUAAUCCCCGGGUGCUUUUUGGGGACUACGCGCCGGUGCCGGAGCCGCGGCACAUCUACACGCCCCGGAGGGGGCUGCAGAUGCUGCCGGCCAACGUCAGCUUUGCAGCGGGGUGCCAGCAGCCGCGGUGCCAGCGGUACUCACGGGCAGAGGUGGAGGAGGUGGUGCGGGGAGCCGACGUGGUGCUGGUGUGCCUGGGGACAGGGAUAGACGUGGAGACGGAGGCGAAGGACCGGAGGGAUUUGGAGCUGCCAGGCCACCAGCUGGAGCUGCUGCAGGACGCCGUGCGGGCAGCCGCCGGGCGCCCCCUCAUCCUGCUGCUCUUCAACGCGGGGCCCCUGAACGUGAGCUGGGCGCAGGGGCACGAUGGUGUGGGGGCCAUCCUGGCCUGCUUCUUCCCCGCCCAGGCCACCGGGCUGGCCAUCACCAAGGUCCUGCUGGGCGAGCAGGGGGCCAACCCCGCCGGCAGGCUGCCGGCCACGUGGCCAGCGGGCAUGCACCAGGUGCCCCCCAUGGAGAAUUACACCAUGGAGGGGCGGACGUACCGCUACUACGGGCAGGAGGCCCCGCUCUACCCCUUUGGGUACGGGCUGUCCUACACCACCUUCCAGUACCGGGACCUGGUGCUGAGCCCCCUGCUGCUGCCCGUCUGCGCCAACCUCUCCGUGUCCGUGGUGCUGGAGAACACGGGGCAGCGGGACGGCGAGGAGGUGGUGCAGCUCUACCUGCGCUGGGAGCAGCCCUCGGUGCCGGUGCCCCGCUGGCAGCUGGUGGCUUUCCGCCGCGUGGCCGUGCCGGCUGGCCGGGCGACCAAGCUGUCCUUCGAGGUGCUGGCUGCCCAGCGUGCUGUAUGGACGCAGCACUGGCAGCUGGAACCCGGCACCUUCACCCUUUUUGCCGGCGGGCAGCAGCCGGGCCAGCGGACGCGGGCACCCUCGGAGGUGCUGAGCGCACGGUUCAGCGCCAGCGGGGCCGCGCGGCCGCUGAGCGAGUGUUAGGGGUGGGAAGGGGCACGGGGAUGGGUCCCGGGCAUGGGGAUGGGGUCUGGGCACGGAGAGGGAUGGGGUCUGGGCAUUGGGAUGGGUUCUGGGCUUUGGGAUGGGGUCUGGGCACGGGGAGCAGGGGGAAGGAGGAGGCUGCUUGGACACCGGGAGCGCAGCGCGCUUACAAUAAAGUGCCCAGCACCACUCCA